GGGCGAUAGCGAUAUACCUUUCGCGAAGGGCAUCCUUCCUUUGAUCAUUCCUGGGCGAUAGCGAUAUACCUUGCUGGGGGGGCGAAGGGCACAUUUUCCUUUUCGUAUCUGGUGUACCUUUCCACGAUCCGGGCCUGCGGAACGAAUCCAUAAAAAGGAAAAGAUAAUGGAGACACUACAAGCAACUCCUAUUCCAUUCCCAGGCGCGCAUUAUUUCAGGGCGAUCGAUCUCCCUGUAGACGGCGGUCGUGGCGCAGAUCAGCUCAGCUCAGCUAUGAGAGCGCUUCUGUGCUUUCAAGCUGCCGUGCCCUCCGUGCUUUGCGCUUCCAAAGCAAACACCGGCACCGGCUUCGGUUUGCUUGGCCGCUGCCGCAGUCUCAGCUUUCCCCGAUCGACCGGCCCCUUCAUCCCGGCGCCAUUGUGCAGCUUCUCCGGGAAACCGCCGACUCCUCCUACUUCGCCAACUCCGCCUUCGGAGGACUCCGGCAGCCAUCAGGAUGAGCAGGGAAGGGAUCCUGUUGAUGAACAGCUCCAGGAUUUAGAAAUCAGCAUCAAAGAGUACAAUGCCUUAUUAGCUCUAGUCCAAAAACACUUGGAUCAGCUCCAUGAUUUAGAAAUCAGCAUCAAAGAGCACAAUGCCUUAUUAGUUCUAGCCCAAAAACACUUGGAUCAGAAAGACUAUGAGAAAGCUGAAGCUAUCCGAGGCAGGAUUCAGAAUCGCGAAGAACAUGGUAAAAUGAACUCGAAGCCGCUUCUUCUGGAGGCUGUUAUUAACUUCACAUUGGCAGUGGAGAAGUUGCGAGAAGGAGAAAAUAAAAAGAGUGGCGAGUUAAAAACAUUGAUUGAGAGUGGCAAAAAUUUGUGGGGAGCUUACAAGAAAUGGAAUGAGGACGUCGGACUUCAAGCACCAGAAGUGGAGGAGUGAAUAGGACAUAGAUCUUUAUGACUUUUGUUCCACAAAUGGUAAUCAUAGUCUUGCCUAGUCAAGCAUAAUUCGUUCUCACCCAAACUCAAAUCAUGUUUCUUAUUCUUAUCUUGUUAUGUCAAUUGCGUACUGAAAGGUAGGUGGGGUUGCGAUGCAAA